GAGCUGGUUAAUCAGGGAAAAGAAGCAAACCCAAACCCAAACGAAUAAAUUGAGGUUUGAACCCAAAGCCAGCGGAGCCGCACGGCCGCAGCGACGAGCAGGGGCGGUGAAAGUGCUUUUUUUCCCAGGGUUUAGGUAAAAAGAGAAAAAAAAUCCCCAAACAACCCAAAAAAGGGAAGAGAGACUGGUGAAAAUGAGGCGUGAGAGUGGCUUUUUUCAGGGCGUGUAUGCAAAUACCUGCUCUUGGGUGCUGAGGUGCAGCGCAGAAUCCUGCCCAAGGGCCACACACUGCUGGGCCCCGGUGCUGAUGGACAGUUUGGGAUUGUCCCAGCAUGACAUUUAAUGCUCACAAGGGUUAAGCCUAUAAUCCCUAAAAGAAAACCAAACCCCAGACCCAUGUGGGAGCUGCCUUUGGACUCUCGCUGGUGACACGGCUCUUGCAGUGUCACCGCUUCUGCCCCCCCUGCAAGUGAUUCACCGAAUCCGCCCCACAAGGUGCUGUUUUGGCACGGGGAAGAGCAGAGUCUCACCCUGCUUUUUGCCAGACAUUUGCAUGUCAUGAAGGAACCGAAACCCGGGGGCCGAACCUUUGGCCAAAAUGGGGUGCCAGAGGCAGUAAGGGGUGUGGUGGGACGCGUGCCCACGGCCUUAGCUCCGCGUUGGGCGCCUGCGCGGUGACUUGCCCUGGCAAAGCAUGGCCCAGCAGGAGACCUAUGGCAACUGGCUGGGUCCCUACCCAGCACAACCCAAGCGGCUGGUGAGACAAGCAGGAAUUUACUCUGUCGCUGGGAGAAUGACACCUGUGGGGGACUUCAGACCCGCAUCCUCAGACAGCUUUGAGGAUGAUUAUGACGAUGUCUCCCUGUCAGAGUUGGAUUGUGGCCACAAGCCACCACCAACCAGUGAAGAUCUACAGAGCCAGAGGAGCAAAGGAGGCACAGGGGUUUACAUCCUGGCAGGAAAACCAGCAUCUCCAAAUCCUUCCCAAAAAGGUGACCCAGAGCCCAGAGGCGAGCGGGGACGGAGCCGCAGGUCGGCGUCAGUGGCCGUCCUCUACGUGCUGGUUGCGCUGAGCUUCAUUGCGUGGGGGCUGCUCUUCACACUGGCCACGAUGAAGCAGAUGGAAAUCAUGGCGGAGUUAAAGCUCUUGAGGGCAAACGACUCGGAGAAUGAAGGCAGCGUGCAGCAGAAACUGUGGGAGACGCAGCGGGAGCAGAUGCGGAUGCGCAGCAGGAUGCACCAGUACUACGAGGAGCUGCAGGACAUCACAGCACUGAUCUGCAGAUCUGACCUGGACAGCAAGAAGUGCUCAGCUGGCUGGAAGAUCUUUGAGAAAAGCUGCUACUCCUUCUCGACAGAGACCACAAGCUGGCGGGACGCGAAGGAGAUCUGCACCGACCAGGGCGCUCACCUGGUCGUCAUCAACUCAGACCUGGAGCAGAACUUCCUGCGGGAGAACAUGAACAGCAGCAGCACGUACUGGCUGGGAGUGACGGAUGAGCAGGAGGAGGGCAACUGGGUCUGGACCAACGGGGAACACAGCAGUAUCAGCUACUGGAACACCUGGAAGGAGAAAAGGGACAAGGACCAGAAGGACUGCGGCAGCAUCGGCCCCGACGGCAUCUGGAACGACGACAGAUGUUCCCACUCCCACCACUGGAUCUGUGAAAGGUCCUGGAAUUGCUGAUGGCAGCUUUUAUCUCUUCCCCUCUCCCUCCCUACAAGUUUCCAGACUAUUUCCAAGGAACAUGGACAUUUCAGACACGGGGUGGAUGAGCUCAGGCAGCUCCCUGAGCAUCUGCAUGCUCCACACUCCCAGCUUUUUGCCUCUUAAUGACAUUCAGAUCCUUCUAAAACCCACUGAAAUCUCAGCCCAAACCAAGCAAAACAUGGGAUUUUCAAUUAAAAUAACU